CGUCGAGAGGAGAAACGGGCGCGUAGUGACGUCACUGUCGCAAAACAAAUGAACGCGUCACCGUAUCGUUUAACGGCAGGUGAUUCAAAAGCGCAGCAUGGCGUCCUCUCUGGUUUGCAGCGAAACACAGAGCAGGGUGAGUUCAGUGCUAAACAGAGAUGCCAAGCAGUAUGGAAAGAAGUACCUGUUUGAUGGCAAUGAGGAGACGUGCUGGAACUCAGACCAGGGUGAAUAUCAGUGGGUGUAUCUGGACUUCCCCCAGCCUGUCAAGGUGUCAGAGUUGAAGGUUCAGUUCCAGGGAGGCUUCUCUGCAAAAACCUGCAGACUAGAAGGUUGCCCCAAAACUGGAGAUCUUAAAGUAAUUGGACAUUUUUACCCUGAAGACAACAACUCUCUUCAGAGCUUUCCCAUCCAGGAGGCUCCUUCAGUGGACAAAGUAAAAAUAAUAUUUGAGAAUAGUGCAGACUUUUUUGGGAGAAUCGUAGUUUAUUCCUUGGACAUCCUUGGGGAAAAAACCUCAUGAACAUUUUUUUAAAUCCUCUUAUGAGAGAGGAAGUGACCCAUGAAAAAAAGUACAAGAAACAGGAUGGUGUGGCGGCAGUUGGGAAACAUGUCAUCUAUACCACCACCUCAUACAGGGAUGUGAAUGUGGCCUUUUUUGGUAUUGACUCUAACUUUCAGGGACAUGUCUGGAAAUCUCACUCUUCACCACUCAAGCACUGGAGGCUUGGUGUAGAGUCUGAAUGUGAGGUUAAUUGCAGAUUUAAUGGGUUGCUGCAUCUGUAUGAGUACUGUGUUCUAGGCCUGGGAUUUGCCUUUGAGAUGAAGCACCAAUUCAUUGGAACACAAGAUAAAAAUACUUUUUUAUUUUAA